AUGAACACUAGUGUAAAUAGACUGAUUUGUGACGAGCUUCGAUACGAUAGGCGUAAAUUGACUGUAGAACAUGCAGAUUAUAUGCAGAAGCUGACGGAUGAGCAAAAGAUAGUCUAUGAAAAGAUUAUGGUAGCUGUGAAUAGUGGUGAAGGCGGUGUUUUCUUCGUAUAUGGCUACGGUGGUACAGGAAAGAAUUUUGUUUGGAAAACAUUGGCUACGGGUAUCAGAUCCAAAGGUCAAAUUGUGUUGAUGGUUGCAUCAAGUGAGAUAGCAUCCCUAUUACUUCCGGGUGGUAGGACAGCACAUUUACGAUUUACAAUCUUCCUUAAUCUCGAUGAGUUCUCAACAUGUAAUAUAAAACAGAAUAACCCUUUGGCUGAAUUGAUAAUAAGGGCUAAACUUAUUAUAUGGGACAAAGCUCCCAUGGUUAAUGGACUUUGCAUUGAAGCAGUCGAUAGGACAAUGCGAGAUAUUCUAAGAUUCAAGAAUGUUCACAGUCUCCACCAGCCUUUUAGAGGUAAGACAGUUAUUUUUUGUGGUGAUUUUUGA